AUGGCAAAGAAUCCUCCAGAGAACUGUGAGGACUGUCACAUUCUAAAUGCAGAAGCUUCUAAAUCCAAGAAGAUAUGUAAAUCACUUAAGAUUUGUGGACUGGUGUUUGGUAUCCUCACCCUAACUCUAAUUGUCCUGUUUUGGGGGGGCAAGCACUUCUGGCCUGAGACACCCAAAAAAACAUAUGACAUGGAGCACACUUUCUAUAGCAACGGAGAGAAGAAGAAGAUUUACAUGGAAAUUGAUCCCGUGACCAGAACUGAAAUAUUCAGAAGUGGAAAUGGCACUGAUGAAACAUUGGAAGUACAUGACUUUAAAAAUGGAUACACUGGCAUUUACUUUGUAGGUCUUCAAAAAUGCUUCAUCAAAACUCAGAUUAAAGUGAUUCCUGAAUUUUCUGAACCAGAGGAAGAAAUAGAUGAGAAUGAAGAAAUUACCACAACUUUCUUUGAACAGUCAGUGAUUUGGGUCCCAGCAGAAAAGCCUAUUGAAAACCGAGACUUUCUUAAAAAUUCCAAAAUUCUGGAGAUUUGUGAUAAUGUGACCAUGUAUUGGAUCAAUCCCACUCUAAUAGCAGUUUCAGAGUUACAAGACUUUGAGGAGGAUGGUGAAGAUCUUCACUUUCCUACCAAUGAAAAAAAAGGCAUUGAACAAAAUGAGCAGUGGGUGGUCCCUCAAGUGAAGGUGAAGACCCGUCACGCCAGACAAGCAGCAAGCGAGGAAGAACUCCCAAUCAGUGACUAUACUGAAAAUGGAAUAGAAUUCGACCCCAUGCUGGAUGAGAGAGGUUAUUGUUGUAUUUACUGCCGUCGAGGCAACCGCUACUGCCGCCGCGUCUGUGAACCUUUACUAGGUUACUACCCGUAUCCAUACUGCUACCAAGGAGGGCGGGUUAUCUGUCGUGUCAUCAUGCCUUGCAACUGGUGGGUGGCCCGCAUGCUGGGGAGGGUUUAA